UCAUGUGUAGUUUCACUGUUGUGUCAUAUAGUUUAAUCGUAAUCGCAGAAAAAUGUUUAUUUUUCCUCGCUACCCAUUUUACCAACCUGAAAUAAACAAACGUUGAUAUUUUCACAGUGAAGCAAAAUUAUGCCGUAAUUUUUGUAGCGAAGAUCCAAUGUAUCAUCCACAUUGUGAUUAAGAAGUUUCACACCAAACGAAAAUAAAAUAACGAAGAAAACUAAAAUAAAAAAUUCGGAUUACGAAGGUGAUCUGACCCGGCCCGGCCCGGUUUUUACUACCCAUUUUACCAACUAUCUAGAUUUACCGCCGCCUGCUGUUUAAUUGGGAACGAGGUUGACCCAGGGGUUACAAAUAUGGUUUCUUCUAUACGUGUGAAAUAAAAAUCAGCUGAGAUGAGAAGAAAUACAGUGACACUGCUGAAAUACAUAAUUGUGGGAUGUGUCGUGGUUCUAGGGGGGCCUUUCAUUCUAAGGAAACUGUUUGGCUCAAACUCUCCCCCAGAUCUCUAUGUUGAUGCCCGUAAUGUAAUGCCAAAAGCUCCACAAGAUGGAAAGAUACCACAUGCAAAUGAACCACUACAAAAAAUUGAUUGGCAUGACUAUAAGAAAAUUGCAGAAGAAGAACAGAGACAAGGGCCUGGAGAACAAGGACAGGCUGUGAUACUAUCUGCUGAGGAAGAGAAGAAGAAAGGAGAUCUGUACAAAGUCAAUGGUUUUAAUGCUUAUGCUAGUGACAAAAUCUCAUUCCACAGAUCAAUUAAAGACAUCCGCCAUCCCGAUUGUAAGAAGAAGAAGUAUCUGAACCAUUUGAUGAAUGCCAGUGUCAUUGUUCCCUUCCACAAUGAACACUGGAGCACGCUACUGAGGACAGCUUGGAGUGUGCUGAAUCGGUCACCUAAGCACCUCAUCCAUGAGAUCAUUUUAGUGGAUGAUUACAGCUCAAAAGAGCACUGUAAGCAGCCAUUGGAUGACUAUGUAAAAGAACACUUCACCAAUGUGAAGGUUGUGAGAGCUAAGAAGCGUGAGGGCCUGAUCAGGACUCGUCUGCUGGGGGCCAAAGCUGCUACUGGACAAGUGCUGAUUUUCUUGGACUCCCACUGUGAGGCUAAUGUCAACUGGCUGCCACCUUUACUAGAACCUAUAGCUGAAGACUACAAAACAGUUGUCUGCCCAUUUAUUGAUGUUGUUGAUUUUGAUAACUUUGCCUAUCGAGCUCAAGAUGAGGGAGCUAGGGGAGCGUUUGAUUGGGAAUUCUUCUACAAGCGUUUGCCACUGCUGGAGGAAGACCUCAAGCAUCCAGCUGAACCAUUCAAGAGUCCCGUGAUGGCAGGAGGAUUGUUUGCCAUCAGUACGAAGUGGUUCUGGGAGAUGGGUGGGUAUGAUCCAGGGCUGGACAUUUGGGGAGGAGAACAAUAUGAACUCUCAUUUAAGAUUUGGCAGUGUGGUGGUAUGAUGGUAGAUGCCCCAUGUUCUAGAAUUGGACAUAUCUAUAGAAAAUUUGCUCCCUUUCCUAACCCAGGAGUAGGAGAUUUUGUUGGAAGGAAUUACAGGAGAGUGGCUGAGGUUUGGAUGGAUGAAUAUGCAGAAUACUUAUACAAGCGUCGGCCUCAUUAUAGAAACAUUGACCCCGGUGACCUGACGGACCAGAAGGCAAUCAGGGAUAAACUUCAGUGUAGACCGUUCAAGUGGUUCAUGAAGGAGGUGGCUUUUGAUCUACCAAAAUUUUAUCCCCCUGUGGAGCCCCCUCCAUUUGCCAGUGGGGAGAUUCGCAGUAGAGCAGCAGAUCUGUGCAUAGACACAAGAUACAAAGGUCAAAAUGAACGAUUUGACCUUCAACCUUGUGUAAAAGAUGGGAAAGGUGGUGGUGAACAGCAAUUUGAGUUAACCUGGCACAAAGACAUCCGUCCUGGUAAAAGAACUGUGUGUUUUGAUGUGUCUCAGUCCAUUAAAAAAGCACCAGUUAUUUUGUUCAAUUGCCAUGGCAUGGGUGGCAAUCAGCGAUUUAAAUACAAUAUUGAUACACAACAAAUUUUCCAUGUGAUCAGUAAUCAGUGUUUAGACUGUGAUACAGGCAGUCAUGAAUUAUUCAUGAAUCCUUGUGAUAAAGACUCUAAGACUCAGAGGUGGAAGGUGGAACAUAUCCAUGAAGAUGACGUUCGUAAAGAAUGGAAAGCAACAUAAUCUUGGUGCUUUGUUAAUGGUUCUGUUAAUCAUUUGGUCAAUGGGACCAAUCAGCAUGUCAGAUAUAUGUAAACCUAUGAAAUUUUGUUUAUUUAACUGAUAGUGAGGACAUGUUUUCUGAUGUAAUCAGCCCCAUUAAGGCCACAUGCUGCAAGCUAAAGGUAGUUAGGCCAAAUUUUUUUUAGGUUAGUUUAUGGAUUUCAAAAUUUACAAAUUCGUUCAGAGGCUGUAAAAAAUGUUUUAACCCAUUUUGCACUGAGACCAACUCUGAUGCUGUUAUCACCAGAACAAGGAGCUUCCCUCCUGCUGCUGUAAUAAGCUGGGCAGUCUGAUGCAUGUUGAUGAUUAUGCUAAUGAUUCUCUUAUCUUUAUUCCAAUGCAUAUAAAAGUAUAUAUAUUCAGAAAGCUUAUACUUUUUACUGUCCAUUAAUGUAUAGUUAGUUGCUCAUUUAGUUAUUUUUUAGAAGGGUGAAACCUGAUGAAAACAAUCGAUUUUGAAAGCCUGUGAAUUCUUCAUCUCCUGUAAAAAUGUCCAAAACCCAGUCAUCAAAGUCUCCAAAAAUAAAUAAAAUAAAUGUUUAUUCGGUAUAUACAUACAUACAAACAUACAUACAUAAGAUACCAAGGAUAACCCAUUAAGCUCGAAAGCUUAUUUCCAAUGGGGUCCUUUUGAUGCACGGAUGUUUGCGCUAGGGGGUCAUUUAUAUUAUCAAAAUGAACUUCAUAAAAUUUGCUGCAAAUGCAUCAUUUGUUUCAUCAUAAUUGGAGUCAGUAUCGCUGCCUUCGCUCAAGUCUACAUCCCUUGCUGCCAUUCAAUUUGACUUGGUUUUGUUAACUGAUACAUCAUUUUCUUUGUUUCUUCUCUAAUUUCCCACCAAAAAUGAAAAUCUAGUUUCUUUUAUAAAUAUCCAUGAGCAGCUGAAAUUUCCCAAGGUCCAAUUCCUAAAAACAUUUUCUUUUAAACUUUUUGUACAACUUUGUUUCAAGCAUCUGAAUAACAGUGUGUGUAUACUACCUUUGGAGUUGUAUCCCAUACGAAAUGGCAGACUAUGACUGGAGUCAUAUCCCAUGCAAAAUGGGUUAAAAAGUCCAAAUGACACAAUGUUAAGUAAUAAAAAUGAAUGAUAUUUACUUGUAAACUUGUAUGUGUACAUUUAAUCAUCCAUAAGAAGCAGUAUUAUAUCUGUGUAGCACUAAUUCAACAUGAAAUUUGCACCUUGACAAUUUCUCUUAUCUAUAGGUAUUUAUGUAUGUUUGCAUGUGUGUCCAUUUUUAUAAAGAAGGAAGAGAAAUAUGUGAGUUAUUUGAUGCAUUGCAUCUGUUGUUAUCAACCAAUUGCUUUGAAAUAUAAUUGAUGUAUAUAUUGCAAUUUGUGAAAUUUUAUAUCUUUCUGAUAUGUGUAUUUGAUUCGCAGUGAUAUAGAAGGAAUACAGUGUGAACACAACCCCACACCUCUAUCAUUCAGAAAUUGUUCAGUGAGGAUAUGUUGACACAGUUGUUUAUGUCUCCAUUCUUUUUCUUCUUUAAAGAUUUAUGUGAGGAUGAACAGAGUAAAAAAGAGGGAAGAUAAUGAGAAGGGAACGGGGUGGAGGAAAGAGAGAUGAACUCCACUGUCCACCCCCAUGUAUGGUUAAUAUUGUUGAAAAUAAGAUUAGUAUCAUUCCAGGUUUGUCAUUUCACAACACCUUGCUUUUAAGUUGAUUGAUGCCUCAUUACGAUAUCAUGAUAUAUCUCUGAAUUAAAAUUGUGUGUCAAUUACUGAUAUCUUGUAAUCUUGAUUAACAUGAAUUCUUACAUUCCACUGAGUAUGCAACAAAUGAAGCCUUUAUCUUUUCUCAACAAAGAGGUGUAUUUUAUGUUAAAAACUACAGCAAUAUUAUAUUUUAUACAAUGAUGGAGCUUUCUGGAUAAUAUUGGCUUUCAAGAAUAUUUCCCUUUUUGGAUUAUACAUGCUGUUUUUGUCUGUUGAAAUGUCCAUUGUAAUUCAGCAAUACCAAUAGUUUUAAAAUGAUUUGUGUCUCACAACUUUUUUUUUUAUUUAAAUUUGUUGAAUAAAUUUUAUAUAUGUAAUAUCCCAUUACAUUGUCAAGUGUGAUAUUAAUAUUAUUUGAAAAGUUUUGAGGUUGAAAAAAAAAUAUCAGGAAGAAGACACCAUUAUUUCGUAUUUAUGCCUGUUGAUAGAAUAUAUUGUGGUGUAAUACAUGUACAUAUUAUGGUGUAAUACAUUUAUAUGAUAUAAUGUUUGUAUAUGCUGACUAAUUAUAUGAUAGUACAGUACAGAUAUAUGCUGUAAUACUUGUAUAUGCUGUAAUUGUAAUUUUUGGUGUGUCUGCAUAUUUGUCCACAAAAACUUUAACCUUACCCAUAACUUUUAAAAGGAUGGUAAUAUGGCUUUCAUAUUUCACAUGUAUAUUCCUUGUGACAAGACCUUUCUUUUGGUAUCAGAACUUUUGAGCUUGUGACUUUCACCUUGGAAUUUGAUCUUCUUUUGACAGAUUUUAACCUAUGCUAUAACUUUUGAAGGUUAGAGAUAAGGCUUUCAUAUUUCACAUGUGUAUUCCUUGUGACAAGGCCUUUCUUUAGGUACCAUAAUUACUUUGCUGCCAUACUGGGGCAUCAGUGUUUCACAAACACAUCUUGUUCUUUUACAUGCUGGCUAAUGAUUAGUUUACGUCAGUCACAAGAAGGAAGAAUGAUACAUAUCAGCAUGUGGCCAUCAGAGGGCUAAAUUCCUUACAUGGUCAUUUAUUGACCAGUUACCGGAUGAUACCUAGUUAAUAAAUUUCAUCUCAUACCCGAUCAUAAAUGACUAUGUAACUAAUGAUACUUGUAUAUGAUUCAAUACAUAUGUUUGGUGUAGUACAUGUAUAUGUAAAUUUGUACUUAGCUCUUCUGGUUUUAUUUACUGGUACAUGUGUAUUAACUUUCACAAGGUAUUUGCUUUACAAGUAUAUUUUCCACAAACUGCAUAUCAUUUUUGAUGCUGUAUAUUGAUAAGAGAGACUUUAAACAUACAUCAUGCUUGUGCAUGUAGAAUUGAACAUGAUGAAACUUACAUUUUGAUGAUAGGAAUAUUAUUUCUAGUGUUUGUAUGUGCCAGACUUGUUAGUACUCAUAGUGUGUUUCACAUUUGAGGGGUAUAUUUUUGUUGGAAUUUAGUAGGUUGAAUUGCUAGUGUUUAUUAGUCUCCUACCGACGAAGUUGAAGGGGACUUUAGGUUUGCUCUCCGUCUGUCUGUCUGUCCAUCAGUUCAGUUUUCCGCACUUUUUUAGGCCAUCCGAGUAAACUCAGGUGACCUAUUGCAAUGGGUUGUCAUCGUCUGUCGUGCGUUAACAAUUGAACAUUUUUAACUUCUUCAUAACUACAUGUCCAAUUCUUUUCUUUGGUAUGAAGCAUCUUUGGGACAAGAGGGAGAUAAAUAGCAAAUUUCAGAACUCCUGAGGGACUAGGGGUGGGGCAAAAAUUGACCAAUUUUUAAAAAUCUUCUCAAGAACCACACAUGUGUAAGAAAGACUAAAUGCAUAGUGAUGUAGAGCAGGAAGGCCUCUACCAAAUUGUAAAUUUCAUGAUCCCUGGGGUAGGGGUUCUGACCUCAGGGCAGGAAGAAACUUGGUAUAUAGUGUUUAUGCAUGGUAAUGUUGAGCAGGAAGGCCUCUACAUAAAUUGUAAAUUUCAUGAUCCCCAGGAUAUGGGUUCUGACCCCAGGGUGGGGCCAAACUUGGUAUAUACAUGUAGUGUUUAUAUGUAAAACUUUUACGGUACCAAUUUUGAUGCACCAGAUGCGCAUUUCGACAAAUAAUGUCUCUUCAGUGAUGCUCAACCGAAAUGUUUGAAAUCCGAAAUAACUAUGAAGUUUUAGAGCUAAAUAUAGCCAAAAACAGCGUGGGGAAAAGAGUGGAGCCACUUGUAAAACACUUCAAUAACAUCUUCUUUAGUGCUGUUGAUACUAUAUUGAAAGUAAAUAGAUAUUUAGAAAGAACAGGUAGUCCUUUACCAAAAUUAUGAAUUUGAUGAUCGCAGGGGUAGGGGUUUUGAUAUUAGGGCAGGGCCAAAAUGGUCAGUUAUUAAAUGUGUGAAUAAUAGAAAUUUUUCUUCUUGAUAACUUUCAUUCCAAUUCUUUUUAAAUUUCAUAUGAAGGAUCUUUGGAACAAUGGGGACAUAAAUUGUAAUUUUGUUGUUGUUGCAAAACUGCCCAAAAUUGACCAAUUUUUAUCUCACCUGAGCUGAAAGCUCAAGUGAGCUUUUCUGAUCGCCUGUUGUCUGUCUGUCUGUAAACUUUUUACAUUUUUGACUUUUUUCCAGAACCACUUGACCAAUUUCAACCAAACUUGGCCAUAAGCAUCCUUGGGUGAAAGGCUUUCAAGUUUGUUCAAAUGAAGGACCAUGCCCCUUUCAAAGGGGAGAUAAUCAAAAAUGCAAAAAUAAGGUGGGGGUCAUUUAAAAUUUUCUUCUCAAGAACCACCAGAAAAGUUGAAAUUUACAUGAAAGCUUCCUGACAUACCAUAUAUACUCGCCUAUAAGUCGGUCUGCCUAUAAGUCGGUUGUAUUUUUUAAGGUUAUUUUGUAGGAAUUUGCCAUUGACUCGUUUAUAAGUCGGUACAAAUUUUUGUCAGAAUCGGCUGACAAUUUCAAGUCAAUGCUCUAGUGUUUUUACCUAUGUUUCAAAAACUAUUUUGAAAAAUUAAUAAUUACGUGGUGCGCAAUAUCCAAGCCAUAUCUGUUUGGGGUUUAAACGCAACCCUUGAUCUAUUUUGGACAAUAAUCCCUUGUUUACCUAAGCAAUUUUGGUCUCCUAAUUACCAGUACCUGACACCGUGUUUACUUAGUGGCACAUGCCUCGCAAACACUGUUAUUGUGGGAUUCCAGGAUAAUUCAUUGUAUCAACAAUAGAGUUUUGAAGAGUCAAGAAUGAUGAUCUAAAUUAUCUGUUAACAAUAUUCAAUCUUUUAUGAAAUAUAUUUCAGCCGGUAUACAUAUGAAUAUUUCAAUAUUAAAUCGGGUUCGUAAUUCAAUUUUACCGAUAAUCGAUAGAGUAGUCGAAUUGGAAGUAUUAGUUACUGGUAUUUAAAUAAUUUUUAACUAGAUAAAAAUAUGUAAAUACUUGUACUUUAUACAUAAUUUUAAAAUACAUAAACAAUACAAUAUGUCUAGAUAUUUGUGAACAAUAAUCAUUUGUGUGGUAGUCCAUGAUAAUCGUCGGAGUUGUUAAAAAAAUACUACAUUACGCCGCACAGAAAAAUACCAAUCUUCUUAGGACGCGCCUAUAAGUCGAACAUGGAGUUUUGGACCAAAAUUGACUUCCAAAAAUCUUACUUAUAGGCGAGUAUAUACGGUAGUGCAGAUUCAAUUUCAUUCAAAUCAUGUCCCCUGGGGUUAGGUUGGGGUCACAAUAGGAGAUCAAAGUUUUAUAUAGGAAUAAAUAGAUAAAAUCUUCUCAAGAAUCAUGGGCCAGAAGAACUGACAUUUACAUGAGAGGUUCCUGAAAUAGUGCAGAAACCAUGGCCUUCGGGGGUUGGUUGGGGCUACAAUAGGGAAUCAAAGUUUUACAUACAAAUAUACAGGGAAAAUCUCAAGAACCAUUGGGCCAAAGAAGUUGACAUUUACAUGAUAGCUUUCUGACAUAAAGCAGAUUCAAGUUUGUAAAAAGCAUGGCCUUCAGGGGUAGGCUGAGACCACAAUAGGGAUUAAGGUUUUGCAUGCAAAUAUAUAUGGAAAGUCUUCAGAUAUGGGACAAGGUGACUCAGGUGGGCUUGGGCCUCUUGUUUGUUUUUUUUGUUGUUGUGCUUGCAAAUAUUCAUUUAAUAUUUGGUACAUUGCUUUUUAAUUUUGUCUUGGUCUUGGUCCAUUGAUUUUUAGCUCUUCUGAGCCGAAGGCUCAAAGAGCUAAUCAUAUGGCCAUAUGUCUGGCGUGCGGUGUGCGUCAACUUUUUGGGAAAAGGGCUAUAUCUCAAGAACCCCUUGGCCAAUUUUUGUCAAAUUUGUCACAGGGUAUCCUUGGCCCAAGGGCUUUCAUUUGUACUAAAACUAGGGUUGUGACCUUUUAACAAGGGGAGAUAAUUAGGAAAAUGCAAACAAAAGUAGUGGUUGCUAAAAAAAUCUUCUUCUCAAGAACCACUUUGCAAAUUAUCACCAAACUUAUGCAUAAGGAUGAGGAUAGGUUGUAGAUAAAAAAUUGUUCAAGGCAUCAUCCUGGGGCAAAGGGUGUGAUAUCAAGGUCACUUCAAAGUUGACCUUAAAUUUUGUUUUGUUAAAACUUUGAUAUUUUUCUAAGUAUAAGAACUAGGAUCAUCAAAUUUUGUCAGUUGAUGCAUCUUAGGACCUAAUAUCAUGUUGUCUCAAAAGUAGGUCAUGGUGACCUACGUUUUGAAUUUCACCAGUAAUUAUUAUUAAAAGGAUUUUGAUACAAAUCUUGGACACUUUUGAGCUUAUGAUCAUCAAAAGUUGUUAGUUGAUGGAUCAUGGGACCUUGAACUGCAUCAUGUGAAAAGUAUGUCACCAUGACCUACUUUCUGAAUUUUAUGGCUUAUCAUUUAUGAAUACAUUUUAGGUUAUUUCAGAUACCGAGAGGUUUAGAAUCAUCAAACCUUGCAAGCUGAUGCGUCUAGAGGCCUCAAAACAUAUUUAUUUUAAAAAAGUAGGUCACUGUGACCUACAUUUUGAAUUUUUCAGACAUUCAAAUUUCACAUUUUCAAUUUUAGAUGCAUAUUUUGGACACUAUGAAAGCUAGGAUCAUCAAACUUUGUCAGUUGAUGCAUCUUGAGUCUUCAUAGUUUGUUGACUAAAAAGUAGGUCACCGUGACCUAGUUUUGGAAUUUGACAGCUACAUUUGAAUAUUUCAGAUACUAUUUGACUUACAAUUAUCAAACUUUGUCAGUUGAUGCAUGUUGAGUCUUCAGAGUGUGUUGACGAAAAAGUAGGUCACCGUGACCUAUUUUUGAAUUUUGACGGCUAGAUUUGAAUAUUUCAGAUACUAUUUGACUUACAAUCAUCAAACUUUGUCAGUUGAUGGGUCUUGAGUCUUCAGUGUGUGUCGACCAAAAAGUAGGUCACUGUGACCUACUUUUGGAAUUUGACGUUUUUAUCUGAAUAUUUCAGAUACUAUAUGACUUCAAUUAUCAAACUUUGUCAGUUGAUGCAUCUUGAGUCUUUGGAGUGUGUCGACCAAAAAGUAGGUCACUGUGGCCUUCUUUUGGAAUUUGACGGCUAUAUUUGAAUACUAUUUGACUUGUCAGUUGAUGCAUCUUGAGUCUUCAGUGUGUCGACCAAAAGUAGGUCAAUGUGAGCUACUUUUGGACAUUUACAUUUAAAUUUUCAGGUACUAUUUAACUGAACAUCAUCAAACUUUGUUAAUUGAUGAAUCUUGGUUAGUGAGAAUUUUUGUCUGUUCAACAAUGUAUCAGAAGAGCGAUUCUAGGCCCAUGGGCCUCUUGUUGACUAAGUUAUGGCCCUAGGAUUUAGAAAAAUAGCAUGAAUUGUCAGUUUUCUAGACUUUUAGUGCUUGCAGAUAUUCGUUUGAUAUUUGGUACAUUGGUUUGCUAUAACAAUUAAGUUACAGAUCAAGUUCAAAUUUUGUCUCAGUCCGUUUAUUUUUCAUUAAGUUAUGGCCCUUUUGAUUUAGAAAAAUAACAUGAAUUGUUAGUUUACAUCCAAGUUUCUUAUUUUUGUAGAUAAGAGUACUAUACACUUAUAAAAACUUCUAGCAUAGUAAUACCACAAUGUAGCUAAAUUAUUCAUGAUCACCUACAUGUCACAGUUUAUUGACUAACUGGUUAAAGACCUAAUGCUAAUUAUAAAUUUGUCUUUCUCUAGGUCUAAUCUCUACUCGAAUAGAAGUUGAUUUCCAACCAUUCCUAUCCUGGUUCCCCAAUUUUCCCUUUUACCAUAACCUACAUAAUGAACUUUGAAUAUUGUUGUGAUACAGUAAUUUUUGCAACCGGUAGGGGACUGUCUUGCCAUGCAAUAUUCUCAGAAUGCUUGUUUUAUAUAUAAAAGGUAUAUAAAGUGUGUUUAGAAGAUUAUAAAAUUUCAGAUAUAAAGUAUUAUAGUCAAUCAAUGGGAGGAAUAAAAAUUCUAUGAAUUG